UAGCACACCGGCGUCGCUGGAUUUAGGUUUCCGGGCAACUCUACUGCAACACCGGGAUACAGUCAGCAUAGAUUUCCCGAGACAUAUAUUUUAAUAAAGUUUGCGAUUAGUUCAGGGCUUAAUUUGAGUAGCUGUCUCCCAGUUAAGGUGAAUACAAAGCCUUACGUUGGUCAUUUUGUCAUCUUCACGGAGCUUGAAAAGUCUACGGGACAAUGGCUGAUCAGCUGACUGAGGAGCAGAUUGCUGAGUUCAAGGAGGCGUUCUCGCUGUUUGACAAGGAUGGUGAUGGUACAAUCACUACCAAGGAGCUCGGGACUGUGAUGCGCUCUCUGGGACAGAACCCCACUGAGGCUGAACUGCAGGACAUGAUCAAUGAGGUGGAUGCUGAUGGUAAUGGUACAAUUGACUUUCCUGAGUUCCUGACCAUGAUGGCCAGGAAGAUGAAAGAUACAGACAGUGAGGAGGAGAUCAGAGAAGCCUUCAGAGUCUUUGACAAGGAUGGUAACGGCUACAUCAGUGCAGCAGAACUACGGCACGUCAUGACCAACUUAGGAGAGAAGCUCACUGAUGAGGAGGUGGAUGAAAUGAUCCGUGAGGCUGACAUCGAUGGCGAUGGUCAGGUCAACUAUGAGGAGUUUGUCCAGAUGAUGACUGCCAAGUGAGGAGAACACUGAAAUUUCUCUCUAAACGUUGCUUGUCCUCCUAAGAUCACUGUCUGUAAGAACCAAAAAAAAAAAUUGAACAAUUAUCGAAUGUUAGACAAACUUCCCCCUAAAACUUUUUAAUAGAUUUUUGCGAUUUGCGCUUCAGUAUGUCCAACUACUUCUGAGGUAUCUGUUUAGCAAACACCAACAGAAUAAUCCCUAGAGAAGUUAAUGGACCAAGCUUUAAGAGGGCCGACGCCCCGUACUUCAGACCAAGAUUCUGCUGAGUCACCCAGCUCCUGAUUAAUUUAUAGGAAAGAGCAAUACUGAAAAGGCAGAGGGAUAGGAACCCAUGCCACAGUUCGACUAGAGAAGUUUGCUAUUUAAAUCUUUCCAAUAUUUAACAAAGAAAACCGACUCUCUUACACCAGUGGUGAUUCUCUAAAUACUGAAUUGAGUACUCUUCCUGCAUGCACCCUUUCUGUGGCGGUCUCUUGUCACAUCAAGGAAGCUCUGAUCACAUCAGAGGUAGUGGUCAGACUGUGUACACACUGGAGGUAUAUACAUUACUAUAUAGCUAUAUAUCUGUAAAAUUUGUGUCACUAUUGAUUAUUGCAAGAGCAAAUAGUUGCGAUGUAGGGUGUUCUGGUGCUCAUUUGGAGAUGAGCAUUCUUAUACCUUGAAGAGUUCGGACAAGAUCAAGAGACUGAAAACUGCUGAUGGUUUUUUCCUUUCGGGGAUGCUCUAUUGUCUUGUUUGAGUCGUGGGCUUUACAUUGCCUGCAGCACUGAUUGGAGACAGAUAGUAGUAUGUUGUAUUGCUUCAGGAUGAUUAUUGUAAAAACACACUUGAGGACUGCAGUUGAUAUCCUGAUGAUACAAUAUUUAUUGUAAUGCUUUAUAAAUGUGUUCUCAAAUAUUAAUGUAUUGAUGACAAACUUUGGUCACCAAAUAUAUCAAUAUAUAUUAGUGUGUCGUAAAGUUUGCAUUGCCUAUUGUUGUAGUAAAUGACCUGUGACAUGUUUUCUCUUUGGUUUUGAAAUGUGCCAUAAUACUCUAAAACGCCUCAACCUUCUUGCAAGACUCGUAGUUCAUUAGAAUAUAAUAAAUCUACUUAAUAUAAUUACAUAUAAAAAAUACAUGCAGUUGAACAUAUUUGCACUUUGGUAUAAAUCAUGUGGAUAUUAAAAAGGUUUUGUUCUAAAAGAAGAAAAAGAAAGCAAAUGUCACCGUUGCUGCUGCUAUAACAACUCAUAUGUUACACUCCUUUCUCGUCCUUGUUGUUGUCUAAUCUUCGAUUUGUAGUCCGGUGAUUCAAACUUCAAUCUGCUUGCUGUUUUACUGAACAGAAAUACAUACGUUGUAUAUUCACAAACACUGCUCAUGGUGAGGUGUGUUUCAUUUGGGCUUUUAGAAUGGGACUUUCACGUAAGGAUGAAAUGGGGUUGUAGCAAAGAUUUCAGCUUUAGAUGUGAGUUUGGUUUCGGGGCUAGGUUUUUGAACAGUUGGCUAAAUUUAAGAAGCAGAUUAUCUGAGGUAUUUUAGGAUUUCCUCAAAGCACGAAAUGACUGCUCUCAUUGAGGCGUUUUAAUUGGAUAGCUUUGAUUCAGAUGUGGGGAAGUAAAUGGUAAAAUGACUGUUAACUUCUGAAGGUAUCUCAAAAAUGUAAAGAUGUGAUAUAUUUUCCAUAAAUCAAUAAAUUGACUGAGCUUUA